AAUUUAAGCUUGCCGUGUGCAGGGGCGGUUUUACCCAUGGCAAGUAGAAAACUAAUUUUUAUGUCGUCCUCCACGUGGGGCAUUUGGUGGGCUGAUUCCAAGGGUUUACAGCCUGUUCAAUUUUAGAAUCAGACCUUGCUAGAUUUAUAUUACAGGAUAUAAAGAACAGAGGUCUUGAAUUUAUAAAAACGAGGAGGGCUUACAUUAGGAUUAGGUCUGUGGUGAAAUCGAGAUAAAUUCAUUCAAUUGAAGAUGGCGAGUACCCUCAUGAAAGCCCUGCUAACAGCAUCUCUUGCCUUUUCCAUGCUGUUCAUCUCUGCAGAGAGUUCUGAUGAUGAGAAGUCAGUAUAUGAAGUAUUGGAAUCCUAUAAUUUUCCAAAAGGUAUUCUGCCGACAAAUGCACAAGGAUAUGUUUUAAACCCAGAUGCGAGUUUCCAGGUGUAUCUGGAUAAAUUAUGCAGUUUUGCGAUUGAAGCAGGGUACCAGCUGAAGUACCAGAGCAUGAUCUCAGGGAAAAUCAGUCCAGGAUAUUUGAAGAACUUGAGGGGCAUCAGUGUUAAGAUUACAUUUUUCUGGAUAGAUAUAUCUGCGGUUGAGCUUAGGGAUGGGCAGUUGAAGUUCUAUGUAGGUUUCAUUUCUGCUGCCUUUCCUCUCUCAAAUUUUUAUGUAUGCCCAACUUGUGGAUGUGGACUGGAUUGCAGUGGGAGGCCCGUGCUCCUUGAUUCUUAUUAAGGGCUGGAUUGUCCUUAGUUCAUGGUAACGAUUUUGGCUUUUUUUCGGUUAUCAAAAAUCUUUCAAAGAUGGGUAUUUGGUGUAAUUUUCAGAUUUGAGUCUUGCAUCUUCUUUCUGAACUGGGCAGAUUAUUGUCGGUAUUGCAUGUCUAACUGUAUAUUGAAAAGAAAAAUUCUGGUUUUCCAAUGAAUUUUAGUCAAUUGUGUUGAUCAUUUUUUCAUUGAAUUCCAAUUUCAAAUAUGGGUAUUUGGUGUAA